UCAAAGGCUUCUUAUGUUGUCAUAAUAUACCUUGUGAACCACACUGUUGUCAAAAAGAAUUUAAGAAAAUUAAACAGGAUUACAAAUUGGGACAACAAAAUGAUUCGAAUUUAUCCAUCCUUGAUCACCAAAUGCGGAUUUCAGCUAAGACGAUGUUCCAUAUCCAAAAUUGCAUCAAAUUUAAAUUCAGAUGAUGUGGAAGAGAUGCCACCUAAUCGCCAAAGAGUUGUCCUACCGAAAUCCGAGGAAAAACUGAGCCAACGCUAUCUGGAGUUCCGGGAAAAGCUGCGAUCGGAGGCGCCGCUGGAUCCUCAGCUGCCCGAGUGUGCACCACAUCCGGCCCACGAAAAGGAGCCCCUGAAACCCUGGCCCAACAGCACCAAUCCCCAUACUGGGGAAAUCGGAGGUCAGGCGGGACCAGAACCCACGCGCUAUGGCGAUUGGGAGCGCAAGGGACGGGUCACGGAUUUCUGAGGGAAUCCAAUCUUCACCUCGACACCUUUUUGUUUGGACAAUUCUGAUUUAUAACCGUGUUAACAACAGAAGCACUCACAAUUUGUUACACUCCAGAUGGG